AUGAGUGACUCAAGCGAUAUUGAGUCACUCCCACAUUCUUCGGGAAUACAAAACCAACGAGGGUUUAAUAAACUCAAGCAAGUGUUAAGUCAAGUAAUUCCAAAGCGAAAUACAAAGUCUUUCGACUUAGAUUCAACAGAUGCAAUUUUAGUUUUAUUAUUCACAGCAAUAGGAAUGCUUACACGCGUUUUUAGAGUACAAGCACCAAACACAGUUGUAUUUGAUGAAGUUCAUUUUGGAAAUUUCACAAAUUGGUAUUUAAGAGGUCAAUAUUUUCACGAUAUUCAUCCACCAUUAGCUAAAUUAAUCAUGGCAUCAGUUGCUUCUUUUGCUGGAUAUAAAGGAGAUUACAGUUUCGAAAAAUUAAAUGGCCAAAAAUAUCCUUCUAUGACAUACGUCGCUUUAAGACUGACACCAAUAUUUUUUGGUGCAGCAUGCGUUCCGAUGGCGUAUUUAGCAGCUCGUGCAAUGAACUGCGGACAUUUUACAUCUUUUGGAGCGGCAACAUGCAUUGCAUGCGAACUAACAUACAUUAUAGAAGCUCGACAUAUCCUAACAGACUCUAUUUUACAUUUCUUUUCCAUGUUAUCCAUUCUUUCGAUUUAUAUUCACGAUAGAUACGAAAAUUGGGUUUCAUUUCUUUUCAUGUGUACUUCAUUAGGAUUAGUAGCGUCAUGCAAAUAUACUUCUGGAGGAAUUGUCCUCUUAGCUAUUGCAAAACAGUUUUUAUUAAAAGAUGACAUUGAAUUCAAAAUAAUCCGUACUGUAAUUAUUGUUUAUACUGUUGCAUUCGUUCAUUUCGCUAUUUUUGCGAUUCAUUUAUCUUCUUUACCAUAUUAUCCUGAAAAUCCAAACGUUUUGAUUCCGAAAUGCAUCAAUGAAAGUCUUAUAGACAAAAUGAACCCAGAUUGGGAGCUCAGGAACAAAGCAAAGCCAAUGAUUUUCAGAAUAAUAAGUUUAAUACUUUAUAUGCAGUUCUCAAACUUCAAUGUAGGAUAUGGACACCCAUACGCAUCAAAGUGGUACCAAUGGCCGCUAUUUACAGGCCGCUGGGUCCUCUUUUGGACCGAAAAUGGAAAACAUUUAAUUUGCAUGGGGAAUGUCCUUAUUUGGUGGCCAGUUUUCGGAUCGAUAAUAGGUUCUCUUAUUGCAAAGUUCUUCAAUACACUGGAUGCAGAGGGUUUGGACAUGUUAUUAGGUUAUCUUUUCUCUUUUCUUCCAUUUGCAUUAAUUCCAAGGGACUGUUUCCUUUACCACUACGCAAUACCUCUUAUGUUUGGUAUCUACGAGCUUGUAAUUCUUAUAGAAAGGCAGUUUUCACCUGCAUUUACUGGAUUUCUUCUUACUUUGAUAUGCUUUUUAGCAAUAUUCGGUUUCUUCCUUUGGUGUCCAUGGGUUUAUGCUCUAACAACACCAGAUUUUGAAUUUAUGGUUUGGAAUAACAAAUGGAGAUAUUAA